CCACGUUACUUUAGGAGCCAAAAGGGGAACGAGGGAGUCUGCCAUGGAAGAUGUUGAGGGCUUCUGAGAAGAAACAAGCAUGGUGGUUCCAGGAGCAGAACAGGGCUAGAGGCUGAAGAAGCCAUGAAAGCAGAUACCCGGGUGCCAGAUUGCUGAAUGCAACUACACCGCUGUCUGCAUCCAAGACCCCAGGAUGGGGGCCAUGCCGAGGUAGAGGAGGAAGAAAUGUUCUGUUGAGAGAGUGUGUGGACAGAGCAGGGACAUUUAGGGGGUGAUCUAUGGAGGGCCCACAAUCUGUCAUGGCAGAUCUUUGCUGCUCAAGCUCACAGAGAAGUCCCCAUUCAAGAUGCUAUGGACUGAGAAAGGCUUGGGAUGUCAAGCAGAAAGAUGAAGCUGCCCCUUACCGGGAUACUGUUGCGCAGCCAGUGAGCAGACGCACAGGGAAGAUUCCAAUUCAACCAGGGGAAGGUUUUUCUGACAGCGGCAGUCGGGUCACACGGAAUGAGGCUGUUCUGUUUGGUUUGGGCACCAUAUAAGACUGGGUGACAUUUCCUGUGAGGGACAGACUCACAGUCCUAUAGCCCUGGAAGCUGCUUGGAGGGUCAGUGAGGAAAGGCUCCACCAAAGGGAAUCGAGACUUGCUGAGAGCUUCUAUCUGCCCCACUUGGAGAGUUUGUGCACAGCAAGGGAGUAGAGGCUCCCAGCCUGGGCUUCCAGCUGACCAUCAGAAUGGAUGGAUUGGGAUCACCUACACAUCGUCCUGGCUCCCAUCCAGAGGAUGCGGAUGCUAAGAUGCUCUUUGUGUAGCAGAUUAGCGCAUGGGGGAGGUGGUGGUCUAAAGGAAGCGUGAAGGAGACCUGGCCUUUCCAAUCUCUUUUCCCUUCGUUUAUUUUGUGAUACUAGGGGUUAGCUCCAGGACCUACGCCCACUGAUACUUUCUCAUUGGGCUAUGCCACAAGCACAGAGUGACACCGAAACAGGAAAAUCAGAGUGAUGUGGGAGCCAGGAACAAGCAAGUGGCCUCCCUGAACAAGAGUACAGACAUUUCAACCAAGGACCCACAGAGAGCUGUGCAUAAAAACUGAGAGAGACCCCACACCUGUCUUCAGGGACCCUGCAGCCCUCAUGGCCUCCAAAGUAUUGAGAAAACCCUUCAUCCAGGAAGUCACUAAGUAUCUGCAGGACUCAGCAAGCAGAAGAGACCUGCAGUUCCUGUUGGCCGAAAAAGACGCUUGGAAGGUGUUGGUGGCAGAGGCUGAAUUGUCCAGAGAUGAGGAAGCUGCACUGCGGAAGGCUCUGGAGCAGCUCCCAGUCGUGGAGGACAAAGAACGGCUUCAAAAAGAACUGCAGGACAGGAAGAGGUUUGUGGAAGAAUUUCCUCAGUUGAAAAAGAAGAUAGAGGGAAACAUCAGGAAGCUCCGAGCUCUGGCUGACCACCUUGACCGGGUGCACAAGGGCUGCACCAUCUCCAACGUGGUGACCAACACCACUAGAGUUGCCUCUGGAGUCCUGGGCAUCCUGGGUCUAUCUCUGGCACCUGUGACAGCAGGGGGCAGUCUGCUGCUCGCAGCCACUGGGGUGGGGCUGAGGGCAGUGGCUACUGUGGCCAGUACUGCCACUGUAGCUGUGGAAGAAACAAGCAAGUGGUCAGAUGAAGCCAAAGCCAAGCGCCUGUUGUCAGACACCAUGGAUACUAUGAAGAAAGUUCUUGACCUGGGGAAUAUUGCUCUCACACUUUAUAAAACGUUCUGUGGUGUCUUCAAUGAAUUGAAAAUCUUGGGACAAAACAUCCGUGCCAUUAGGGUAGCCAUAGCCAACCCUCACUUAGUGGCAGAUAGCAAGCUCCUCAUGACUGCUGGAAGAAUCUCUGCCCAACAAGCUAGUCAGGUGAAGAAUGUCUUUAAAGGCACUGCUCUGGCAAUGACCAAAAAGGCCCAAAUCAGAGGGGCAGCCACUGCAGGUGUCUUCCUGGCAGUCGAUGUGUAUGACCUUGUAAGAGAAUCUAUGCAUUUACAUGGUGGAGCAAAGUCAGAGUCAGCCAAAGAACUGCGGGCGCUGGCUCAGGAGCUAGAGAACAAGGUGAGAGAGAUUGCCAAGAUCCACAAGACCCUCCAGGUUUCUUAGUGACAGCUUCCCCUGAGCAACCCAGAGGUCAGCUGAGAUGACUUAGACCAACUAGAGGCACUGAGGCAUUUUUCUGGAGGAAGAAUGAGGUAGUUAGUCUUAACCGUCAUCUCGACACAAUCUAGUAUCCUGUGGGAAGGCAAUCUCGAUGAUUGUCUAGCUCAAGUUGUCAUGCUUGGGAGGGAUUUUUCUUUAUGACUCUGUUCUCUAGGUAUGGUUCUGAACUGUAUAAGGAAAAGCAGGCUGUGCACCAGUAAGCAUGCAUGCAGGAACUCACUUCUCAUUGCGCUGGACUGUGGAUGCAUUGUGACUAGUUGCUUUGACGUUCUGCCUUGACUCCCUCAGUGAUGGACUAUAGCCUAGAACUAUAAGCUGAAUAAAAGCUUUCU